AUGUCGUUUCUCGGUGGCGCGGAAUGCUCCACGGCGGGAAACCCUCUGACGCAAUUCACCAAGCACGUCCAAGAUGACAAGUCACUCCAGCGAGACCGGCUGGUCGGCCGGGGCCCGGGCAUGCAAGAAGGUAUGCGGUCACGGGGAAUGAUGGGCGGACAGGAUCAGGUGCGUGAGGAUAAUACCCUUGCAGAUUACCCUUUCCCCUCCUCGGGAAAGGCGGUGGUGUUCCCGCCCACACGCUUUUUGCAGAUGAUGGACGAUUUUAUGCAGCAACCAGGCCAACAAAUAUCCGGACCGUCGCCGCAGCCCUUCGCUAUGGAACACAUGCGUCGCGAGCUGGAGAAUUUCCAGUCCGCUCCGCAGCGGACGGGGUCGCCCGGGUGGGCUGCGGAGUUCGAUGCGGGAGAACAGGCGCGCAUGGAGGCUGCGUUUCCGGGUGCGGCGCAGAUGAAUAACGGGUCUGGGUUCACGCCGGCCGAGUUUGCGCGAUUCCAGCAACAGAAUCGUAUGGGUAUGCCCCAGACGUCAAGCCCCGGUACAACGGCGACCCCGCCACUUAUGUCGGGGUAUCAGCGGCCGAUGGGCAUGGGCGGCUAUAUGGGUGGCAUGGGCGGAAUGGGCAUGAUGCGGCCGAUGGGCAUGCAAUCGCCGAUGAUGCAGCAGCCCAUGGAGGGACAGACCCAGGACAAAGGCAAGGGCCGGAUGGUUGAGUUGGACGAUGAGAACUGGGAGGCACAGUUUGCCGAGAUGGAGACUGCCGGGAAUGAGACCCGUAUCGAUGACGAGGCAAAUGCGGCAAUGGAGGCGGAGCUGAACGAGCUGGACAGGUCAGUGCCCACUUCCAAUGAUGCCUUCGAGUCCGUAUGGGAACGAAUUCAGGCUGAGACGGCAGCGAGCAGGAAAUUGGCCGAGGAGGACGAUUUCGAGGUGACCGACAGUGUGCAUGUGGGUGACUUGGGCGACUGGGAGGGCUUCGACAGUCUCAAUACACGCUUCCGGGACCCGCAGCUGGGCGACUACAUGUUCGAAGAGGAUAACGUCUACUCAUCGGUGAAUAACCCCUUUGAAGAAGGUGUGAAGAUUAUGCGCGAGGGUGGCAAUCUGUCCUUGGCUGCCCUGGCAUUUGAAGCUGCGGUUCAAAAGGACCCACAGCAUGUACAGGCCUGGACGAUGCUAGGUUCUGCCCAGGCACAGAACGAGAAGGAAUUGCCUGCCAUCAGGGCACUGGAGCAGGCCCUCAAGAUUGAUGCCGGUAAUCUUGAUGCCCUUAUGGGCUUGGCCGUUUCGUAUACGAACGAGGGCUAUGAUUCGACUGCCUAUCGUACCCUGGAGCGCUGGUUGUCGAACAAGUACCCUUCGAUCAUCAACCCGAAUGAGAUCUCUGGCGAUGCAGACCUCGGCUUCACGGACCGACAACUUUUGCACGACCGUGUGACGGAACUCUUCAUCCAAGCUGCACAACUCUCCCCCUCCGGUGCUCAGAUGGACCCGGAUGUGCAAGUUGGUCUCGGUGUACUCUUCUACUGCGCUGAAGAGUAUGACAAGGCCGUUGACUGCUUCUCAGCCGCAUUGGCCUCCACGGAAUCUGGCAGCACCAACCAACGUGAGCAGCUGCACCUUCUCUGGAACCGUCUUGGCGCAACCCUCGCCAACUCGGGCCGCUCUGAAGAGGCCAUCGAGGCCUACGAGCAGGCACUCACCAUCAACCCUAAUUUCGUUCGUGCCCGUUACAACCUCGGCGUCUCAUGCAUCAACAUCGGUUGCUAUCCAGAAGCCGCUCAACACCUUCUGGGUGCCUUGUCCAUGCACCGGGUUGUUGAGCAAGAAGGCCGCGAGCGCGCACGCGAAAUUAUCGGCGGCGGCAGUGGGCCGGAUGGUCUGGAUGACGAGCGUCUCGAGCGGAUGCUACACAUCAGCCAGAACCAGAGCACGAACCUGUACGACACGCUGCGCCGCGUGUUCAGCCAAAUGGGCCGCCGGGAUUUGGCGGAUCAGGUUGUUGCGGGGAUGGAUGUCAACGUCUUCCGCAAGGAGUUUGAGUUCUAG